CAUAUAACAUUACCUUUUUUUUAGUAAAGCCCUUAGCCCUCAUCCAUCCUCCCUUUGCUACUCUGGAAAUGGUUUCCUUAUUACCCAAUUUGUCUUCACCAAUUUCCCGUCUAUGGAGACCCUCAAUUGCAAUUGCGACAAGGAAAUUGCAAUUGCAUGAUAAAGCAGUGAAACCCAAAUGGUUUUCAGCUCGUUGUUCUACUUCAGCUUCUAAUGAGAAUUUAGUUGUUUUAGGCAUUGAAACCAGCUGUGAUGAUACCGCUGCCGCUGUGGUAAAUAGCAAUGGUGAAAUUCUCAGCCAAGUUAUCUCUUCUCAGGCAGAACUGCUUGCUCGAUAUGGAGGAGUUGCUCCUAAGAUGGCAGAGGAAGCACAUGCACUGGUGAUUGAUCAGGUGGUACAAGAAGCGCUAGAUAAAGCUAAUCUGACUGGGAAGGAUCUAACUGCAGUUGCUGUCACGAUUGGUCCUGGUUUAAGCCUUUGUCUGCGAAUUGGUGUGCAGAAAGCAAGAAAUGUUGCCAGCUCUCAUAAUUUACCUCUUGUCGGUGUCCAUCACAUGGAAGCUCACACUUUGGUUGCCAGGCUAUUGGAAAGAGAGCUGCAGUUUCCUUUUAUGGCCCUACUUGUCUCAGGAGGCCAUAAUCUUUUAAUCCUUGCACGUGAUCUUGGAGAUUACAUACAGCUUGGGACAACAAUUGAUGAUGCAAUUGGUGAGGCAUAUGACAAAACAGCAAAAUGGCUUGGUCUUGAUAUGAGGAGGAGUGGGGGCCCUGCUGUAGAGGAGCUAGCUCAAGAAGGAGAUGCCAAGUCUGUCAAAUUUAAAGUCCCUAUGAAACAACACAAGGAUUGCAACUUCUCAUAUGCUGGUCUGAAGACGCAAGUGAGGUUGGCAAUUGAAGCAAAAAGAAUCAAUGCUGAAAUCUCUCUUGCUUCAGCUUCUGACGAAGAGAGACAGGCUCGGGCAGAUAUUGCUGCCUCCUUUCAGCGAGUUGCUGUAUUACAUUUGGAGGAAAAGUGUGAAAGGGCAAUUGAGUGGGCUUUGAACAUUGAGCCUUCUAUAAAUCAUUUGGUAGUGUCUGGAGGUGUUGCAUCUAACAAGUAUGUCAGAGCUCGGCUUGAUGAGGUUGUGAAAAGGAAAGGGCUGAAACUUGUAUGCCCCCCUCCAAGCCUUUGUACUGACAAUGGUGUAAUGGUUGCGUGGACUGGCAUUGAGCAUUUCCGUCUGGGCAGAUUUGAUCCUCCGCCUCCUGCAAAUGAACCAGAAGAUGCUGUGCUUGAUUUGCGUCCAAGGUGGCCACUCGGUGAGGAGUAUGCUGAAGGAAAAAGUGAAGCUCGUUCAAUGAGAACAGCACGGAUGCAUCCAUCACUUACCUCUCUCAUUAAAGCAUCUAUCAAGCAAGAGUCACAGUCUGCAAUUUAAACAACUCAAAGACUUUCUACAACGGGCAUCCACAAACGUGUAGAUAUUCUAUAAAGGUGGUUUGCAUAGAAUCAUGAUUUGAAUACUUCAAUCAUAUUCGAAAGUUGGUGAGGAUAAAUGCUUGAAAGAACCAUAACUCAAGAGCAAUGAGCCUAUGGAGAAAAACUGUGUAUUUUGAUGUAGCAUCAUAUUAGUGCUCCUGCAUUUGGUAGUUUUCUAGCGUGUACUUUAAAAAUUCUGCUACGCUAAGAGCAUUUAUGUUUAAUUUUGCACAGUUUGACAUUUUUUAUACCCUUUUUCGUUUUUUCUAAUUAAACAUGUUCAAAUGAUAUAAUCUUUUAUAGAAUUCAGAAGGUGUUUUUUCUUUGCAUUA